GAAUCUGUGAUAAAUUUAUCGUCAAACCUUUGGAACGUCACUUUCCCCGGUACUGGCCGCCAUUGCUAAUUCAUGGACGAUCUUACAAUUUCUCGCUUCCCUUGAUCGAACGCGGAAUCCCCAUUUCCCGUUGUUUGUUUCUUCUUUUUUUAUAAAGCGAUCCUUUUCCGUUUCUAUCUUCUUGUGUUUUUCAAUUCUCCAUUAAUCAGCAACUUGCUUUGCUUCUUGACCCACCAAUUGGCGCAACUCUCUUUGUACAAAUUACGGUUCUUCGUCUCGUUUAACUCUGAUUUUGAUCUGUGGUUUUCUUUUUCUUCCAAGAUUUUCGAGUUUUCUGUUCUUUUUCUUCCGAUUUUGCAUCGUCAAUUUCUCGGUGCUUUGCUGAAUUUCGGUAACCCUAGAAUUUGGGGGUUGGUGGGGGUUUUAUGGCUGCCGCUGCGAUUUUCUCGUCUUUACGGAGAAGGAGAUCGCCGUCCUUGGAGGUAUUUUUGGCCCCUGUUGACCUCUCCGAUGUGGCCUUAGUUCGAACCCUGGCGAUAGUUGCGAUGGAGCUCGUUUCCCGAUUUUCACAGAAAUUUUUCUUCUUUCAGCGGAGGAAUUCGCGAUCUCUGAUAAGGAAACUGGAGGUGUGUUUAGUCUUUUUGGACUGUUUGAAGGAUUCCGGUGCUACUUUGCCUCACACGGCGUUGCUCUGUUUGAAGGAGCUUUAUUUGUUGUUGUAUCGGUCGAAGAUACUCCUUGAUUAUUGCUCCGAAUCGAGUAAGUUAUGGAUGUUGCUUCAGAACCACUCGAUUUCGGGGCAUUUCAAUGAUUUGAAUUUGGAGUUGUUGACAUUUUUUGAUGUUUUCCCUUUUGAGGAAGUUGAAUUAGCUGUGGAUGUUAAAGAACAGGUUGAGCUCUUGCAAAAGCAAUUGAGAAGGACUAGGAUGUUUGUUGAUGAAUGCGAUGAGGUGUCGAGGGUGCGCUUCCUUUCGUUUCUCGAUGAAUUUGAGAAUGGGAGGCUUCCGAAUCCGAGGGAAUUGAGGGAGUUUUUUGUGGAUAAGUUGAAGAUUCGGAAUGCUAAGUGUUGUAGAGCUGAAAUUGAGUUCUUGGAGGAGCAGAUUGUCAAUCAUGAGGGCGACGUUGAGCCAACCUUAGCAGUGUUAAAUGGUUUUGUUGCUUUUACUAGAUAUAGUAGAUUUCUCCUCUUCGGAUUUGAGGAAGAUGAAGUUGAUUCAGGUGCAGGAAACCAGAAGAAGCUGAAGAAGAACUUGAUUAGCCAGGAGAUUGCUGAGACGCUUUUAACGAUUCCGAGGGACUUCUGCUGCCCGAUAUCACUGGAUUUGAUGAACGAUCCGGUGAUCAUUUCUACAGGUCAGACAUACGACCGCAGUUCGAUUACUAGAUGGAUGGAAGAAGGGCACAGCACUUGCCCAAAGACGGGGCAAUUGCUCGUUCAUACCCGCCUCGCUCCCAACCGCGCGUUAAGGAAUUUGAUCAUCCAAUGGUGCAUUGCCCAUGGAGUUCCUUAUGAUCCACCAGAAGGAAUGGAUGCAUCUGCUGAAAGUUAUGCAAUGGCCUCUCCCACACGUGCUGCGCUUGAAGCCAACAGAGCAACAGCUAUAAUCCUUAUUCAACAGUUAUCAAUCGGAUCGCAAGAUGCAAAGUCGAUUGCUGCUCGUGAGAUUCGUUUGUUGGCCAAAACAGGGAAAGAGAAUCGUGCGUUCAUCGCAGAAGCCGGUGCAAUCCCCCAUCUUCAAAAGUUGCUGGCUUCCCCAAACCCAGUUGCACAGGAGAAUUCAGUGACUGCUAUGCUUAAUCUCUCAAUAUAUGACAGGAACAAGAGUUUGAUUAUGAGUGAGGUAGGGUGUUUAGGAUCGAUAACCGAAGUGUUGAGAUCUGGGCAUAGUACAGAAGCACGGGAAAACGCUGCAGCUACGUUGUUCAGCCUCUCUGCAGUUCAUGACUACAAGAAGAGAAUAGCAGAGGAGAGUGGUGCAGUUGAAGCCUUGGCAGGGUUGUUGAGAGAUGGUACCCCAAGAGGAAAGAAGGACGCUGUAACAGCUUUGUUUAAUCUCUCAACGCAUACCGAUAACUGCGUUCAGAUGAUAGAGGCCGGAGCAGUAACAGCGCUUGUAGGAGCAUUGGGGAACGAAGGUGUUUUUGAGGAAGCAGCUGGUGCAUUGGCCUUGAUUGUUAGACAGCCCGUUGGAGCCGAAGCAGUCGCUAAAGAGGAGAGAGCUGUGGCAGGAUUAAUAGCAAUGAUGCGAUGUGGUACACCAAGAGGAAAAGAGAAUGCAGUAGCAGCUUUGCUCGAGUUAUGCCGGAGUGGAGGCGCUGCCACGACCGAGCAAGUGUUCAAGGCUCCCGCUUUGGCUGGGUUGCUCCAAAUGCUCCUAUUUACUGGUACCAAGCGAGCAAGAAGAAAGGCUGCUUCGCUAGCUCGAGUGUUCCAAAGAUGUGAGCAUGUUGUAAUGCAUGGGGUUGGUUAUGCCUAUCCAAGUAACUCGGCUUCUAACAGGGACUCCAGCUUUGCUAGCGAGGUGUCUGUGCCGAUAUCCAUCUCGGUACCGGUCGUGUAGUCACGCUGUUCACUGUUCCCCAAUUUUGUUCAAACGUUAACCGAUUCUUUGAUUGAAAUAUUAGAACGGAAGGAUUAUAGCCACAACCAUGUCCAUAUUUUAUGAAACAAUGGUUGCUAGUAAUGAUGUAAUCUACUCUUCGUUUUACAUACUUGUAUCCUUGCUGUAAUAGAAAAUAUUUAUUGGCAAAAAUAGAGGCUCUGUUACAACAUUCAUCA